GAAAGUGUGUAAGGCUUAGUGAAAGUGAAAGUGUGCCAAAUUAUUUGAGAGCUGCCCUAGAAGCAUAUGAGCGUACAGAAAAGUAUUGAACACAUUCAGAACCAUGGCAAAACUGUGUUUCUUUUUGAUUUUGCUUUCACUUUACACCAUCGUAAACGCAGGAUCUCAUUCUCUGUGGGCAUUCGCAACUUGUAUCUCAGGAGAAGCACCUUUCCCUGAGUGUAGUGUUGUGUUGAUGCAGGAUGACAUUCAAGUUGGCUACUUUGACUCCAACAAGGAGCAGUUUAUCCACAAGGGACCUUACGCCCCAGACGAAACGGAGGUUGAAGAAGCCCAAGAUGCAGCUUAUGUGUUUGGACACAUGUUCCUCAGCAUGAAAAGGCGACUGUCAGACCUGAGGUAUCGCUUUAAUUCCACAGGGAAUAUAGAUGUUCAGCAGAGAAUGGCUGGCUGUGAGAUGUUGGAUACUGGUGAACCCGGCCUUAUUCUGUCCACAGAUGCUUUCAAUGCAAUUUUAGCUGAUUUAAUAUAUUACAACAUGACACAUUAUUCAUACAAUUCUGGAAACCUACUGUCGCCAUGGAGUGAGGUGCAUCAAACAUAUACAAAAUGGCAUUAUCAGACCAUUUACCUACCCGUUUGCAUAAAAACAUUGAAGAGAUUUCUGGAGAGAUUGAAGAACUUUGUGAUGCGUAAAGUGCGUCCCAGAGUCAGGCUCAUACAGAAAGCCAUGUCAGGAGGUGCCUGUGUGAGUUGUCUGGCGUUUGGUUUUUACCCCCGACACAUCAACCUGACCCUGCUGAGAGACGGCCAGCCAAUAGUAGAACAGGAGAUGACUGGGGGCCAGUUGCUGCCCAAUGGAGACGGGACCUACCAGAUGAGAAAGAGUCUGGAGGUCAACACAGAGGAGCUGAGAGAGAGACACAACUACACCUGCACCACCUCCCACCUCAGUCUGGACAACAAGCUGGAUGUCAGCUGGAUACCUGAGUCUGGGAUGGACAGAGUGGGUCUUUAUGUCAAGUCAGCUCCACUGGCCACGGUGGCCAUAAUUAUUCUACUCAGCAUUUUCGUUUGUGUAAGGAGGAGAAACACGGCUGGCUCCCAGACAUUGUCACAGCUCUCCAACGCAAAUGAUGCCCAAGUGGCUGAGCAAAUUAGCCUAUCUUCACAUUCUGAGACCUGAUAUAUUUGCUGCUGCCACUCAUGCAAAGACUUCAAAGUGAAAAGCCAAUACAAUGUAGGUUGAUCUAUGUUAUACAGUAUAUAGCUUAAUGAAGACAAGUAUUUUUAUGAUGCAGUGGUGCAUAAGCGAUCCGAAAAUGUGUACUGACAGUGCUAUGAUGUAUGUAUUGAUUUGAUAUGUAAAAAAAGUGUUUUGUACUGCAUUAAAGAUCCAUCAAAAAUCA